AUGGAUAAACAAGAAUUCUUUCAAUCAUAUAUGGAUCAUUGGGGUAUAACUGAUGUUUUGUUGGACUGUUACGUUGAUUUAUUAACUAUGGAUAUGAUGAAGAGAAUCAAUGAUGACAAGACACGAAUGGAGUUUUUCAAAGAACUACUCUCUUCUCAUCAUAUCAAAUGCCAAGAGCAACAAAACUUCGAAGAUGAAAUUCGUCAGUUGGAAGAAGAAAUACGUGAACUAAUCACUGCAGAAAGAAAACAAAAGAAGAAAUGA